CACCCUGCAUUUUCUGACACUUGUUUCUCUCUCACUACUCUACACUUACAUGCCUUCUAUGCCAACCCUAUUCCGUGUGCCAUUCACUGUCUUUUUUUGAUAUCAUCAUUCCAUCUUCUCUCACUUGAUUUCGUGUCGGAAUCUGAGCCAUUCUCAUCAGUUUUCCAAGUGUGUGUGCGUGUGUUUUUAGAUCAGCAAAGGCGAGAGCGCAACACGCACCUAUUCACAUUUUGAACAGUUUCUAUUCACGAAGAAGAUGGGAGCCAUUUACCAAGAAGUCCCUCCUUUGCCUCAAGAUCUAAAGGUGAGGAUCCACGAAUCGUCCUUGGUUUUUCCAUCGAAACAAACGCAGAGAAAGUCCUUGUUCUUGUCCAACAUAGAUAAAGUCCUCAAUUUCGACGUUGAGACUGUCCACUUCUUUGCAUCCCACAAGGAUUUCCCUCCGGAAGCUGCAGCCGACAAGUUGAAGAGGGCUCUGGCCGAUGCUUUGGUGGCUUAUGACUUCUUCGCCGGAAGACUGAAGCUCAGUUCUGAAACGGGUCGGUUGGAGAUAGACUGCAACGGUGCCGGAGCUGGGUUUGUGGUGGCGUCAAGUGACUUGGAGCUUGAUGAGAUAGGAGACUUGGUUUAUCCUAAUCCAGCUUUUGCUCAGCUAGUUCAUAAGACCAAGGAUUUUCUCAAACCAGGUGAUCAGCCACUGUGUGUUCUCCAGGUGACGUCCUUCAACUGUGGGGGUUUUGCAAUUGGGAUCUCAACGAGCCACACCGCGCUCGACGGCAUUUCCUUCAAGACCUUCCUGGACAACCUCGCUGCUUUGGCUGCUAACAGGCCCUUGGCUGUGACCCCUUGUCACGACAGGCAUCUCCUGGCCGCUCGAUCGCCUCCACGUGUCGCCUUCCCUCACCCCGAGCUGCUCAGCCUUGGUAAUGUCCCCGCCACGGGCCCCGAGUCUGGAGUCUUCGAAGCCUCCUCCGAGGAUCUCGAUUUCAAGAUCUUCCGCUUAACCGCUGACAACAUCAACCACCUUAAGGCUGAGGCCAAGUCCAAGGCCACCGGAGCCGCCCGCAUCACCGGCUUCAACGUCGUCACCGCUCUCGUGUGGAGGUGCAAGGCGUUAUCCGCGGGAGAUGAUCCGAAUCGGUCCUCGACUAUGCUAUAUGCGGUGGAUAUUAGGUCGCGAUUGAACCCUCCACUGCCUAAGGCCUACGCUGGAAACGCGGUGUUGACCGCAUAUGCGACGGCCAAGCGUGAGGAAUUGGAGCGAGGGCCAUUUGGCCGGUUGGUGGAGAUGGUGAGUGAAGGGGCGAUGAGAAUGACAGAUGAGUACGCAAGAUCGGUGAUAGACUGGGGAGAAUUGUACCAUGGGUUUCCGAAUGGGGAGGUGCUGGUGUCGUCGUGGUGGAGAUUAGGGUUUGCAGAGGUGGAGUAUCCAUGGGGAAAGCCCAAGUAUAGCUGCCCGGUGGUGUAUCACAGGAAGGAUAUUAUACUCUUUUUCCCCCCAGAUGAUGAGGGUGAAAGUACUGGUUCUGGGGUUAACGUUUUGGUGGCUCUUCCUCCUACUGAAAUGCAAAAGUUCCUCAAAUUCUUCCUUGAGUUCUUGAAUUGAUCAGAUUAUCAGCUGAACAACUCCUGAUUAAUUCUUCCAUAUAUUUACGUGUAUGCAAGUUUUAUAAAUAUCAAAAUAUGUCAUUACUGGUACUGGGACGAUGAUAAUCCUUGGUUUUAAUUGUGGAAUUAGCCAUAAGAAUGCUAAGAAGAAACAUAUAGUACUUGGUAUUUGCAGAUUUUCAGCCGCUACAAAGGCGGAGCUUCUUAUCGCGCCAAGUCAAAGGCACUGUGCAUGACUUGCGUGCUGGUGAUGGGAAGGUUUUUAAUUUCUUCAUACUGGUUUGUACGAUUAAUUGGAUAAGUUCUUCUGAAAUACGCUUUCAAUAAUAAAUAUCUGCAAGGUAUGCCAAUCUUUGUUUA